ACAAAGUCCACCCCGGACACACACGGCCACUUCGGCUUUCACUCUCUGUCACACACCCAGCGCAAGCAGUGAGGUGGCCGCCGCGGGCUCACACAGCUGACCUGCCUGCAGCAGUGGGUGGGGGCGGUUGGUUCGGGGCCCGAACCUGUGGGACCGGAAUAAUUAUAAUUAUUAUUUUCUGAGUGUGAGUGAGUUAGUUGGCGGGGAAGUGCGCGCGGAACACGGUAAAAUACACACGCGAGUGUGGGUUAACGGGCCCCCCGCCGAGAUGGGGAGCCACGACCACCUGUUCAAGGUGCUCAUCGUCGGCGACGGUCACGUGGGCAAGACCUCCCUCGUGCACCGUUACGUGGAGGAGCGGUUCUGCAAGAGCUACAAGAGCACCGUGGGGGUGGAUUUUGCCCUGAAGGUUCUGCCAUGGUCCAACACGGAGACGGUCCGCCUGCAACUGUGGGACAUUGCAGGUCAGGAGCGCUUCACCUCCAUGACCAGGAUCUACUAUAAAGAGGCGUCGGGCUGCGUGCUCAUGUUUGACGUCACCGACCCCUCGAGCUUCCGCAACUGCCACAGGUGGAAGGAGGACCUGGACAGCAAGGUCCGGCUGGCCGGCGGCAGCCCCGUACCCUGCAUCCUGCUGGCCAACAAGUGCGACUUGUCGCCAUGGCAAGUCUCCCGUGAAAGUGUGGAGGCGUUCAGCGAGUCCAACGGCUUCGUCGCCUGGAUUGAGACAUCGGUCAAGGAGAACAAGAACAUCAGUGAAUCUAUGAGAAUGCUCGUGGAGAAGAUGAUGGCAUCCCGGUCCAUUGCCGCGACCCCCGAGAAGAUGGGCAGUAGCUUCAAGCUAAACGAUUUGGCCACACCGAUGGCGAGUGAAGAUGGGGGGUGUUGUUCUGGUUUGAGGGCUGACCCAUAAUGCUACCCGUUCUUCUUCUUCUGAUUUCUCCAUUUGAACAGUGCCUUUCGUGUGGCGGACAGCUUAGUCACAGGUGAUUAAGAGCAUAAAUGGCGAGUAUUACUAGCAAAACCAACUUUUAUUUGAUUUGUAAUUAAUCUUUUCUUAUGUUUUCUUAUCUGAUCUUUGUCAGUCUCCACUGAAAACUGCAAAAAUGAUUUACCAGUGUGAACCCACGUUUACCCUCCAAGUACUUCGGAACACCUCCCUUUGUUGUCCCUCAAUUGCUGUCGGAUUUUUGUAGUUUUCUGCUCUGCAAGUGGGACAAGUACAGGUGUUACACUGAACGUUGCUCCGUCAGACCCUACACCUUAAAGAGCACUGACUUCCUCCACUUCUAGCCGCUUGGUACUCCCACACAUGAGGGGUCCAAAAUCAAAAGCCCCCUUCUUCUCAGUUCAGUCUCUGAUGUAGUGGGAUGAGUUUCCUCUGUACCGCCAAGCUGCUGAAUCCCUCCCACAUUGAAGAAGGGUUUCGAACCCAUCUCUUUGAGAGCCACAUCUUUC